UCAGUUCUCUCUCCUCAGGUGAUUGAUCACAGUGUGAAAGUGGCUCGUCACUACAACAGCUUGCAGGAAGUCGGUCUCGCGGCUCGGAGUCGAAGCAGGAUUUUCUUCAUGAGGAAUUUUAACAACUGGCUGAAGAGCAUCCUGAUUGGUGAGGUUCUGGAGCAGGUGCGGGGGGCGGGCUCUCAGCAGGUGAGUGUGUUGGAUCUUGGCUGUGGGAAAGGUGGUGAUCUGCUGAAGUGGAGGAGAGGAGGAAUCAAUCACCUGGUCUGUGCAGAUAUCGCAGCCGUCUCUGUGGAUCAGUGCGAGAGUCGCUAUGAAGACAUGAAGAAGAAGAGCUACGCUAACGAGAAGGUCUACAGCGCGCAGUUCAUCAGUGCAGACUGCACCAAGGAGGUUCUGUCGGAGAAGCUGGACGACCCAGCGCUGAUGUUUGACAUCUGCAGCUGUCAGUUUGUGUACCAUUACUCGUUUGAGAGCGAGCAGAAGGCCGACAUGAUGCUGAGGAACGCCUGCGAGCGCCUGAAGCCCGGAGGCUUCUUCAUCGGAACAACGCCAGAUGCCUUUGAGCUGGUGAAACGUCUGGAGGCGUCCGACUCUCUGGCGUUUGGUAACGAAGUCUUUAAGGUGUCCUUCCAGUCCAAAGGUUCUUACCCUCUGUUUGGAUGUCAGUAUCACUUCAGCCUGGAGGACGUGGUGAACGUUCCUGAGUCGCUGGUCUACUUCCCUCUAUUUGAACACAUGGCGAAGCGCUACAACAUGCGUCUGGUUCUGAAGCAGAGGUUCUCUGAGUUCUUCGAGGAGAAGGUGAAGAAGGAGCAGCACCUCAGCCUGAUGAUGAAGAUGGCGGCUCUGGAGCCGUUUCCCUGUGAGGAAGGAGGUCGCCAGGCCACAGACAGCAGAGGAGAGUACUGCCAUGCUAAAGAGCACUGCGGCAGCUCCGGACGUCCACUGGGAACUCUGAGCAGAUCUGAGUGGGAGGCAACCAGUAUCUACCUGGUGUUCGUCUUCCAGAAGAUGUCCUGAAGCUGAACCUCGUCUCUGUACAGUGUUUCACUUUUUUCUUUUCCCGUCAUCUUUUUGAUAAACUAUUAACUGUGUUGGGUCUCAUUUCAGAAUGAAUAAAAACUAUAUGUAAAGUCA